AGUUGGGGCUGGAGGGGGGUAGGAAGCUAGAUUAGUGGCCAGACGUGAGGCUAGAACCCCGAGCGUGGUCGGUUGGAGCAAAUAUGUCUGCCCGGAGGCACAUUGGGAAUCCUGAGUAUCUGACCAGACGGAUACCACAGAACCCAAGGUAUCAACAUGUCAAGUCAAGACUGGAUACUGGUAACAGCAUGACCAAAUACAUUGAGAAGCUAGAAGAGAUUAAAAAAAAUUAUAGAUACAAAAAAGAUGAACUUUUCAAGAGACUAAAAGUUACCACUUUUGCCCAGCUGGUCAUUCAAGUUGCUUCCCUGUCAGAUCAAACACUGGAAGUGACAGCUGAGGAGAUCCAAAGGCUCGAAGACAAUGAUUCUGCAACUUCAGAGGCUGAUACUGAAAUCGCUGCCAAGACAAAUGGGAAAGGGAGCCCUGAGGAACAGUCACCCAGCCCUGUCCAGUUCAUCAACAGCACGGGAGCAGGGGACUCCAGCCGUUCCACUCUGCAGAGCGUCAUCAGUGGCGUUGGGGAACUGGAUGUAGACAAAGGGCUCGUAAAGAAAGAAGAACCCAAUGGCAAAGACAAGCCUUAUCCGGACUGUCCCUUCCUGCUGCUAGAUGUUCGAGACAGAGAUUCUUAUCAGCAGUGUCACAUUGUCGGGGCUUACAGUUACCCCAUUGCAACUCUAUCCAGGACAAUGAACCCCUAUUCAAAUGACAUUCUUGAAUACAAAAACGCCCACGGCAAGAUCAUCAUCUUAUACGAUGAGGACGAGAGGCUGGCCAGCCAGGCGGCCACCACCAUGUGUGAGCGCGGGUUUGAAAACCUCUUCAUGCUUUCCGGGGGUCUGAAAGUCUUAGCUCAGAAGUUCCCAGAAGGACUGGUCACUGGUUCCCUGCCAGCCUCUUGCCAGCAGGCCCUCCCUUUUGGUUCUGUCCGGAAACGACGUGGCCCCAAAAUGCCAGCCCUGCCAGCUGAGAACAAGUGGAGAUUUACCCCAGAAGACUUAAAAAAGAUAGAAUGUUACCUGGAAGAGGACCAGGGACCAGCAGACAACCCUAGUCGACUGAACCAGAAUAGCUCUGCUGGAAAAGACUCGAAGGUGGCCGCCGGCCGCGGUGGCCAGCACCUGCCCACCAGCUCUCCUGCCGGCCACUCGAGCCCCCGCACGCUCACCAGUGGUCACCUGCAAGGCAAACCCUGGAAGUGAAGGCCUCUGUUGUUUACUCAAAUAAACGCCCCCUCCUUUCGGAACCCUCAGCGCUCCCAACUUGGUCCUUUUCAGAACUGCUGUAGAGAAACAGCCAUGCUACACGGGCUGGACCAGGCCCACUUGUCCAUCUGUAGCUCCACUCCCUUCACUCAGGAAGGAGUCUGACAGAUGACCACAAAAACCAGAGGCUUGGCAGGCUCUAGUUGCCCUCCAUUGUUUACAGAAGAUUCAUGUCUUUCGAAAUUGACUAGGAAAAAAGAAAGAUACUUUCUUUUAAAUAAGGUCCAGCCUGUUUGGUCUGUAACCAGUGUUGUUCUGUAAAUAAUUCAGUCACAUCUGCUGGUGUGUUCUUCCCAGCUAGCUUUUUUCAUUCACUGUUGAUUCAUGAAAGAUUCUCCAGGUGGGCCUGGCAUUGGCCGCUGUCCCCACAGGUGCAGAUGAGUUCUUGGUUUCUGCAGCCCACAGUCCUCACACUGAGUCUUAGCUCGCUCUGCAGGCUGCAGGCUCUGCUGGGCAUUUGAAGCUGAGGGGUGGUCUGUGAGCAUGGGUGCAUCUUGCUGGUUUAGCAGAGAGGCUCUAUGCAAAAUGAUCCUCUCCUUAAAUGGUUUCCUGGGACCACAAAGAUGUGUGUUCAGCUUUCCUCACCAGAAGGAGGGCCCAGUACAGGGAGGCCCCAGCAACCUGCUGGUCUGUGCUGAGAGCCUUGGAAGGCCACCACAGCUGUCCCCUUCAUAAUGAGCCUUAUAUCAAUUAAAAUUUCCCAUUGCCUGAUGUGAGUCCAGCUUUGUUAGAGGGAUAGAAAUCACAGUCACUUGAAAGCAUCAGCUUCACGCGGACAAGGGGACACACAGGUGAGGGGGACUCAGGAGUCCUUUGUCGGGGCUGACAACCCCUUAAGCCCUUGCUUAAAAAUACAGUAUUAGUCUAAUUGAGUAAUUAGUGCAAUUUCCUGCUUGCUUUUCAUUCUCAGACUGAGCUGUGAUUAGGAGGCUGUGAUUAUAGAUUCUGGUUUUGGCCAGAAUUUUGAAUCGGCAUUAAUUGAAUUGCUAGAUGACUGACAUCCAUUCUAUUUAAUUGGGGGAACAAAAGACCUCAGGUAAGGAUGAGGCCCAUGAAGUCAGAGGGAAGGACGAGCCUUGUUAAUUUUUAUGGUCUGUGAUCGUAGCUGUGAUAAGGGACUAAAGAAUAAAUUGUGCUCUUUGUCAUGGCAACCAGCUUCUGAAAAGCCAGCUGAAAAUUGCCUACCCUUAGGUGGUUACUGCUGCUGGGUGAGAGUUGCCUUAGCAGUACUAUUUUCUCACCACUUUAGGAAAACAAGGAAAAGGCAAAGGCACACAGUAUUUCUAGCAGGGUGGCUGUGUUUGUAAGAGAAAUAAACGUAAUAAAUAUCUCAUGGAGACAUAUGGAAAAAUAACUCAGUCAUCCUCGCCCCGCCCGCUUCAGAGUGUGUUUAUUCUUCUCCACUUGAUUUCCAGAGUGCAACAUUUUCCAAUGCUUUAGAAAUCAAACAAACCAGGGACAUUGUUCAGAUGUCAGGCCGUGCCCAAAUUUCCACAAGAUUCAAGAAUCGUGUAUAAAAUUCAGCCAACGUACACAUAGCUUUAAUGAGGAGCCUGUCGUGUUUCCCCGUAAAUUUAUUGCCUGAGAGCUUGGUUCGGCCUUUUGCUAAUGCCAACAUGCACUGGCUUUUUAUUUUCUUUACAGCAUAGAUCAAAAAAUGCAAAUUUUUCCACACUCAACUUUCCCCUAGCAUGGACAAGAUUUUCAGUCAUCUCUGACACGUAUACAUUUUUAAUGAAAAUACCUUUCCUCGGUGACAGAGUUCUGGUUUGCCAGUUUAACAUCAGCCAGGCAGGAGGUAGACCGCUACACCCAAUUCUGUUUUGGAAGUCUCUGUCUGUUCCUGUUCUGCAUUCCCGCCAAUGGAUGUUAGUGUUAGAAAUGACUGUAUAUACGUACAGAGACUGUUUCUGCAAAGCUGUUAGAAUUGCUGUGUAUUUACUGGCGUGGUCUAGCAGGCUGAAUGUAUUUCCAUGUGUUUCUCCAUAGCUCUUUGCCCUGUUGGCAAGAGUCUCAAACUUCCAAGAGAGCUGACCCCUUCUGCACUCAGUGUUCCUCUCCAACACUGUUGCUUCCUAACGUUCCACUUUACCAGUUUCUUCAUUAGAUUAUUUGACAUGUAUUAUUUAAAUGAUCAGUGAUACUUUGUGCAAUUAUGAAUGUUGAAGAUUAAAGAACGUAGUUACUAA